UAUUCACCAACACAUCUACGCGUCUUCUCUAUUUAUUUCUAUUGCACGGACAAUUUGUACGCACCGGUCAAGACUUGAGCUUCAAAUAUAGCGUAAUGACGCAAACGGACCUCAGGAAAUAUCCAGCUCAAACUAAAACCUGCCUAUAGUUUCAUUCAAGAUGGUUUUAGAAACUAUUUCAAGGAUCAUAAAAAUCCAGCUUCCAGCCUACCUCAAAAAGCUCCCCCUUCCGGAGACGAUCGGAGGAUUUGCAAGGUUAACAGUCUCUGAGUGGCUCCGGUUGCUGCCUCUCCUGGGAAUCUUGGCCCUGCUGGGCUACCUCACCAUCCGGCCCUUCCUGCCCAAGAAGAAGAAGCAGAAGGACAGCCUGAUCAACCUGAAGAUCCAGAAGGAGAACCCCAAAGUGGUCAACGAGAUCGACAUUGAGGACUUGAAGAGCACAAACGUCUGCUACUGCCGCUGCUGGCGCUCCAAAACGUUCCCUGUUUGUGACAAAUCACACAUAAAGCACAACGAGUUGACUGGAGACAACGUGGGUCCUCUCAUACUCAAGAAGAAGAUACUAUAAUCCAUCUUUAACGCUGUGAGGGAGCCGACAUCUUUACUCCCUUCUCUAACGGUCUUUAGUUCUUUUUAAAAAUGUGUUUUUGUCUGUAUUUUAGGGCAUGGCCUUUUGUACUCUGCCAAAUUGUCUUACUUUUGUUUUGGUAAAAAAAAAAUGAUAUGGCGCAUACUUUGCUUUUGGUAGUGAUAUGCUGCAGAAAUGUUGGUGGCGAGUUAACUCCUCAAAGAUUUUACCAUCAACACAUCUUAUUUAUUUCAACUUGCCAAUAAUGGGCAAUAACUGAGAUAGUUUGAAAGGCUAUACCACGGAGUAGUGUAAAACCUAUCACCACUCCCUCUUAUUGUCUCCUUCAGAAAACUUUUUGUAUAGUGGCCAUUUUCCAGUCUGGCUAUCUCUCACUUAUAGGUCUCGUUAGAAAACAAGUUAACCUAGGGCUCCUUGGUAGCGACGCUCGGUUCCAAACUAUUGGGACCACAUUGAGGGGAAUUUGGACUUGAAUCACGAUUGCAACUAGGGUAGCAACUUGCUAUUUAGGGUAGUAGUAUAUUUUGUUAGGUUGAAAGAAAACAACUUUACUUAGCAUUUUCAGUCUCCGAACUGCUGUAAGCUUGAAGUCUUUCACUUGCAUACAAACACACUUACAGGAUUUGUUUUCUCUGCCAUUUCUCUUUGUUCAUAACCUUAUAAAACAUGCCUUAAUUCUGUGUUCAUACUAUAUUGUGUGUCCUUGUAUUGAAAACUGAAGAUCUUAAGACAUUUCAGAACAUCUUAAUUACACAAAACUGCUCCCCUCAAGAAACAAUGAACCCAUGUUUUUCUACACCAAAAUAUUUAAGCAAUUCAUUUUUUUGCCUUUAUAGUAUCAAACAUGUCAGUUGUCGGAUUGACUUGCAUUCAGACUGAAUGUGUUGCAAGUACUUCUUCAACAUGAGAUUUGGAGAAGGAAUCUGAUCCUUUGGUUACUGAUCCUUAUGUUAAAUACCAAUUACAGUACAUAGAUCUGUAUUUUCAUAAUGUUUUACUGGGAUUUAGGCCGUGGGACUUUUGUAAAAUAAAAAAAGUUCACCUGA